AUGUACGAUCCACCCAUCCUCAUUGCCAGUGACAAUCCCGGCCACCUAAACAUGGAAGUAGCAACAACACACGCAGAAAAUAAGAAGAAAAACCUAAGCGAACCAAUCCUGAAAAGUUUCCCAAUAACGGCAAAAUGGAUUAGUGUUGCCAAUCCUAGCGCAGAGCUAGUAUUCUGUAGAAUUGACAGAAAGUCGAUGAUUACCUUCAUAAGCCUUAGUGUGGUUCUCGGAGUUUUUGUCCUUGCCUGUGGAAUCUGCAUCUUCAUUCGUAAAGGGGGGACCUACCUGUCGAUAACAGCUGACAGUGAGUUGGCUCUCUACGUUGACGGACGUCAGAUGAGACUCAACAAGUCCACGACAACUUACGAAGGAGAGAAAGUUGAAAUAAAAGGUAAAAAACAAGUUUUUGCGGCAAAGGUCAGGAAUCAGUUCAAAGGCAGACACCCCCGUCUGAUGAUUUUCAGUGAUGUGCGGUUCGUGUCGACGGGCUCGCAUUGGAAGUGUACCGGCCAGCAACCGACUGACGAUAGGUGGACUAGCAUAGGGCGAGUGUCUUUUUCUCUUUACCAAACACUGAAUUUGGACACUGGUAACAGAGCUGUUAAAAACCUAGGUUUUUUUCUUAGGUUUACAGUCAAUACCGUACACGUUAAAUAUGAGAGAUGUGAUGAUCUAAUGGUUAAGGUCGCCUGGUGCUGUUUCGCAGUAAUCGGGUAUAAGGACGAAGAGAUGGCACACGCGGUGGUGUACGGCACGAACUUGGUGCCAGACAAGAGGAGAGUGGUUGUCGGCAUGGAAACCUCUGCUCUCUGGAUCGGUCUCAAGGACAGGAGUGUCAACACGAUGUACUGCAGAGUAGAUAGUUAG